UUCAGCUUUCAGGCUGAAAUUGUUCCCCUUACAAAAAUUUCUCUUACAUAUAUGAUAAAUCCUAAUUCAGUACUUCGCGAUUUGUAUUUCAAUAAAUAUAUUUUCGGUUUGAGGCACAUAGUUAUUUGUUUUUCAACUAAAAAUAUAUCUUACAAGUAGUUUUUUGUGGGAGCCGUUGUAAAGAACUUUAUAGAAGUUAUAGUAAAAAUGUCAAAGCUGAGUUUGGACGGCUUUUUUUCCUACUGCAAGCAAAUAGCAGAACAUAUACAAUUGGGGGAGAGAAUGGCGUCGCUAUCCGGGCAGGGCACUCCGAAGCUGACCUCAUCCGUCGGGAACCUGUACUACGAUUCGAUCCUCCCAUACCGCGAGGACGCGCAGCCUCAGACGCGGGAGUUCCUGGCGAGAGUCGUGGAUGUACUGCUCGACUUCAUCCACCAGGUCAACGACAGGAAUGAGAAGAUCCUGGAGUUCCGCAUGCCGGAGGAGAUGAGCAAGAUGUGCGACUUCCAGCUGCACGAGGAGCCUCUGCCGCUGAAGCAGCUGCUCGAGGACUGCAAGCUGGCACUCAAGUACCAGGUCAAAACUGGUCACCCCCACUUCUUCAACCAGCUGUCCUGCGGUCUGGACAUCAUCUCCCUGGCAGGCGAGUGGCUGACGGCGGCCGCCAACACCAACAUGUUCACGUACGAGAUCGCGCCCGUCUUCAUUCUGAUGGAGAAUGUGGUGCUGGAGAAGAUGAGGAAUAUGAUCGGCUGGAGGACUGGGGACUCUAUUCUAGCUCCCGGUGGUUCCAUCUCCAAUCUGUACGCGUUCCUGGCGGCGCGGCAUCACAAGUUCCCUCAGUACAAGGAGAAGGGACUCUCCAGCAUCCCCGGACACCUCGUCAUGUUCACCUCUGACCAGUGCCACUACUCAGUGAAGUCGUGUGCGUCAGUGUGCGGUCUGGGCACGGACUACUGCAUCUGUGUGCCGUCCGACGAGCGCGGCCGCAUGAUACCCACCGAACUGGAGAGACUGGUCAAGUACCACAAGGAUAGAGGCAAUGUUCCAUUCUUCGUGAACGCGACGUCAGGCACCACAGUGCUGGGUGCCUUCGACCCACUCGAGGAUAUCGCAGACAUCUGCCAGAAGUAUGACAUGUGGAUGCAUGUUGAUGCUGCGUGGGGCGGUGGCCUGCUGUUCUCCAAGAAGUACCGCCACCCCCGCCUCACUGGCAUCGAGAGGGCGGACUCCGUGACUUGGAACCCGCACAAGUUGAUGGGCACGCUGCUGCAGUGCUCCACCGUGCACUUCAAGUACGAGGGCAUCCUGCUGAACUGCAACGCGAUGUCAGCCGAGUACCUGUUCAUGACGGACAAGAUCUACGACCCCAAGUACGACACGGGCGACAAGGUCAUCCAGUGUGGACGACACAAUGAUAUCUUCAAGCUGUGGCUGCAAUGGCGUGGAAAGGGUACAUCAGGCUUCGAGCGCCACAUGGACCGUCUGAUGGAGCUUGCGGAGUACCAGGUGCGCCGCAUCAAGGAGCAGCCUGACAAGUUCCACCUCAUCCUGGAGCCGGAGAUGGUGAACGUGUCCUUCUGGUACCUGCCCAAACAACUGCGUGGCCUGCCGCAUGAUGCUCACAAGGAGAUUAAGCUGGGCAAGGUGUGCGCCAAGCUCAAGGGCAAAAUGAUGCAAUCCGGUACAUUGAUGGUUGGCUACCAGCCUGACGACCGCCGUCCCAACUUCUUCCGCAGCAUCAUCUCCUCAGCAGCUGUCACUGAGAAGGACGUCGAUUUUAUGCUUUCAGAAAUGGAUCGCCUCGGACAAGAUAUCAUUGUCGACUAAAAGCUUUAAAUCUAAACAUAUUUUGGUCUUACGGCGGAGACUUACAUUUUUGUGUCGCAUGUUAGUAUUCUGAAUGUUGUUUUUCAAAGAGAUAUAUUCGAAACUGAAUGAAAAUAUUGUUAGCUAAUGGUUAACCGGUUUGAGUCUUAUAAACAAAGGUUUAAAGUGGAAAGUGGUCAACCGCGGUUGUUGGAGUAUACAUGUGACUUGUCUAUUAUUCUCUGUGUCUAGAAAUUAAUCCCAUAUAUCACAUAGUAGUGUGAUUUGUUUGAGAAAAUGUCUCCCCGCCGAUUCCGAAUAUAACUAUGAAUAAAUAAUUAUAUGUUACGUACAUGUAUCGAACGAUAUAGUAAUUUAUUUAUCUAGAUGUUAUCUGCUGUAAAAACGCAUAGCUGUAUUAGAUGUGCAAUGGAGACUGGACAGAUAUUUCACUCAUAACUCGAAACGCUUCACUAUCGCCAUCUAUUGAGGAAUAGCUCAAACUAAGUUUCAUGUAAUUUUACUAAAAUUGAAUAUUUUACUGUCGACUUGAGCGUUUUACUAGACAACGGAAUUGAUUGGUUUUUGAAUGAAUUUUUAUAUUAGCCGAGUGUGUCUUGUUCAUUCGAAUAAGUAAAUUUUAAAUUCUUAGAUAAUUUUAGAAACGUUUAGGAUUUUAUUCGGAAUUAUUAUUUGUUUAGUAACUCGACAUGUUUUCGUAUGUCGUUGUAGAAUAUAUUUAGUAAAAUCAACAACGACAUUUAUUUAAUUUUAAUGUAAAAUAGCUAUAACCUGCUUUUUCUCUGACCAGUCCUCAAAUUGAUGUGUAUUAACAUUGUUCGACUUAAUAAUUAGAAUAAUUGAGAACAAAUAGCAACAUUACCUUAAUGUUUUUAACAUUAUAUCGAUGUAAUUAAGAGUUCACAUGAAAUCUCUUCACCUCCUCCUUUCUAGCGGUCCACUGUUUCCAAAUCUUAACUCUAAAUUAGAAUGUUAUUUAAGAGAGUCUCAAACCGUCUCUGCGUUAUAAAUUAUUAAAAAUAUAUUUAUCGAAUAUUGUUGGUUCUCUUCCCAUAUACAAUAUCUAUGUAAUAUAUAAUAUUUUGAAGUUAAUAUGUUGACAAUGAAAAUAAAUUUUCGAUUAAUAUAUUGUUAGAUUAUAAAGUACUUAUAGGAGAUAUAAAUUAAAAUUAAAGUGGUGUUAAGCUCAAUAUGUCGUGUUGGCCAAAUGUAUGUGUAGUUACUUCAGUUGACUGUUUAUUGGUAUUGUUGUUAAAAAUAAUAUAAUUAUUAUUAUAUAGUAGACUAUGUUUAUGUCAGUGAGUGUGUAUGAGGAAUACAUGAAGCGUGGUGAAUGAACGAUCUCUAGUUAUUAUAGUUUGAAACGAAUAAUCUCUAUUUAUGUACUUUAAGAAACUUAAUGUAAAUAAAUAGACAUCGAUCAUUGACUUGAAAGUAUUUAUAAAACAUCUGCUUCGUGUGUCGGUAUAAAGCCCGUCAUUUUAAUGUUAGAUCGUCCAAAAAGACAGCAAUCAAAGAUCGAUAGCUAUACAUUGAAGAAUGAAAAUGUUUUAUGUCGAGAGCUAAGAAAUUAUAUUUUGCAAACUAUUUAUCUAUUUAGAUAAUUUAAAACGCGUAGCGUACGAAGUGAAUGAUACGUUUGUUUAGGAUAAAAUAUCAAAAAUUGUUAUUUUAUAUCAUUCACUCUGUAUAACAUGUAUGUUAAGUAUAAAUAUAUAUUUAUUGAUGUCAAAAUCACGUUAUAUACAAGACAUAUCUCCCGUUUUGCCAAUUAAAAGAGUAUUGUUAAAUUUUAUAUGUUGUAAAGCGCAUUGUAGUCUACAGCUUUUCGGUGCUUGUUGAAAAUAAUAAAAUAUUUUUCUUUACAGCCAAAGGCACGUCUCGGAGACAUUUAAAUUAAAAUAAAAAAUAUUUACUAAAAAUAUUGGUAGCGCCAUCUAAUGCUGAAUAGCUAAAUCAAUAGUUUAUGUUUCUACCAAGAGAUGGCGCUACUUUAAAUAAUGUUAAGAUGGAUUAUUUCAUGUGUAACAACGCAAUAAAUUAUAAAUUUUCUUUUCAUCAGUGUUGUAGAGUGUCUCGAUGUUUAGUCGUAAGUUUAGAUUAAUAUUAUGUUUUUUUAAACGUUCUUCUUACUUUACUCUUGAGUAAGUCUAUUAAGGCACCUUUGCUUUCUAAUGUGCAACAUUUUUUUUCGUUUCUGAAAAAAAAAUACCUGCGUCGUUGACACUGGUAGACAAAAACUGAUACUUAUCUGAUUACCACAAAUAGCUUUUCAGAAACAAAAUAAAUAUUAUUAAACUCGGUUUUCUGUGAUGCUUAUUGAUUUUCACUUAUUUUAUUACUACUUGUUUCUUCAGUGUUAUUGUUAAGUUGUAUAAUUAUAAGAUAAGAAUGUACAUAUACGAAAAAAUACGAUGUGACGAUGACAAUAGAAAAAGUAGAAUAAUUUUGUGAGGGAGAGCAAUAAUCUCCGUUUGUAUGAGUGUGCGGAUGAGUGAGUGAUGUCUUAAUAUAAGAUAGAGGAUAGUAUUCUGGCAUUUGUUUCGUCGUAGCAUUCUAGCGAUCAAUAGCAGAUUGUGAGAAAAAUAUAUGUAUUUAGUUCUAAAUUGAAACGGCACUAUCAGUCAAAUUAAUAAAUUAAUACGUGUAAAUAUGUAGUGCGGUUAUUGCUAAUUAGAUGAGCUAUACGCUUAGUUUUUAAAAAUUCCGUCAAGUGACAAUCUUGCUCUUUCUUCUUUCCGAUAACAAAUGGCAGUGCGCUAGCGUUGUAGUUUACUUUCUCGUCCCAUAGAUGUCACUAUAAUAAAAAAAUCUAAGUGCUUCCAUUUUGCGUAGUUUAUAAGUAAUUAUAAAAUAAGGGAAAUAUAUUUUCAAUGUCAAAAUACUAAGUAUUGGUUAUACUUUCAAAGUCUUCCAAAAUGUCUUCCAUUUACUGAGUUUUUGUUGAUUUAAUUUGAAAUAUAAUAUGAAUAUAUAGACGUAUGUAUUGUAUUAGAUAUUAUAAAAUUAGUGUUUCGAAAAGUUUAGCAUUUAGAGGCAAUAUACUGUUCACUUUUUGAUCACUUAUAAUGUGAGACAAGAUUAGUAAAACUAUCCUAUUAUUGUUGCUAUAUGUAAAGAUCUGUAUAACCAAAUAAAUGGUAUUG